GUGCCGCGUUGCUCAGCCUGGGGUGUCCAGGAGUGACUCACACACGCCCGUCUCCACAUCUCUCUUGGAAGGGGUGACCCCUGCCCCUUGGCGACAGCAAUUUUGAAGCUGCCAACAUCACUGUAUUAUCAACGCUCUAGCUUCAUGGGAAGGGCUGUGGUGAGUUUCUGGAAAGGGAAUAGGAAGUAGUUUUUCUAAACAGCCCAACACCAAGGGGGGCAGUGGACUACAAGAAGUGUGGUUUGGGCAGAAGACAGAGAGCCAGCAGCUUGCCGAGGAGAUGGCCAGUUGCUUAAAAGCCAUCUGGAACCAGAGAUUUCUGGGAGUGGUCUGCGGGGCUGCCCAACUCCUUUGCUUCAGUGUCCUGAUCUCUGAGCUAACGAAUCAGAAGGAGGUGUCGGCGUGGACCUACAACUACAGCGCAAAAGCAUACUCGUGGAAUUAUUCCCGGGCCUUCUGCCAGAAGUACUUCACCGAUUUAGUGGCCAUUCAGAAUAAAAACGAAAUCGCUCACCUCAAUGACGUCAUACCCUACCACAGUUCCUACUACUGGAUCGGGAUCCGGAAGAUCAAUGAUCAGUGGACCUGGGUGGGAACCAAGAAGACACUCACCAAGGAGGCCGAGAACUGGGCCGACCACGAGCCUAACAACAAGAGGAACAACCAGGACUGCGUGGAGAUCUACAUCAAAAGCGAGUCAGCCGCUGGCAAGUGGAACGACGAGCCGUGCUGGAAGAGGAAGCGGGCGCUGUGCUACACAGCCUCCUGCCAGGACACAUCAUGCAGUCAGCAAGGAGAAUGCAUCGAGACCAUCGGGAGCUACCGCUGCUCCUGCUACCCUGGAUUCUACGGGCCCGAGUGUGAGCAUGUCAGAGAGUGUGGAGAACUGGACCUCCCGCGGCACGUGCUCGCGAACUGCAGCCACCCCCUGGGAAACUUCUCGGUCAGCUCGCAGUGCAGCUUCCGCUGUGCCGAAGGGUUCCGGCUGGAUGGGCCCAGCAGGCUGGAAUGUUCCGCUUCUGGAAACUGGACGGAGAUGCCCCCGCAGUGUGUAGCUGUCCAGUGUCCACCCCUGAAGACUCCUGAACGAGGAAGGUUGACCUGUCUUCCCUCUGCUAAGGCCUUCCAGUCCUGGUCUAGCUGUCGCUUCAGUUGCGAAGAAGGAUUUGUUCUAGUUGGGCCUGAGGUGGUGCAGUGCACAGGCUCUGGGGCAUGGACGGCCCCGGCUCCGGCGUGCCAGGCUGUGCAGUGCCAGCGCCUGGAAGCCCCCGACAAAGGGACCAUGAACUGCGUUCACCCGCUCGCGGCCUUUGGGUACGGCUCCAGCUGCACGUUCGGGUGCCAGGCCGGCUAUCGCGCCAGGGGGUCAGGCACCCUCCGCUGCGUGGGCUCCGGCCAGUGGACAGCGCCCCCGCCGGCCUGUGAGGCCAUCACAUGCGAGCCGCUGCAGCGUCCUGCCCAUGGGACCAUGGCUUGCUCCCCGUCCUCAGGAGUGUUUCAGCACAGCACCAACUGCAGCUUCCACUGUGCCGAGGGCUUUGUGCUGAGAGGAGCUGACCUGCUUCAGUGUACCGACACGGGGCAGUGGACAGCACCACCGCCAGUCUGCCAAGUCAUCACCUGCACACGGCCACUGAGCCCUCGGAAUGGGACGAUGACCUGUGACCAGCCCCUGGAAGACUCCGAUUACAGGUCCACGUGCCACUUCUCCUGUGAUGAGGGGUUCUCCUUAUCGGGGCCCGAGAGGUUGGACUGCACUCCAUCCGGACUCUGGACCAGCUCCCCGCCCACCUGUGAAGCCAUCAAGUGCCCGGAGCUCUUGGCCCCAGAGCAGGGCAGCCUGGAUUGUUCGGACGUUCGUGGGAAAUUCACUGUUGGCGCCACCUCCCAUUUCUCCUGCGACGAGGGCUUCCAGCUGGAGGGGACCGGCACCCUGCAAUGCGUGGCUCCUGGGAGGUGGUCAGCACCUCCACCAGCCUGCAGAGGCCUCUCAUGGGUUCCGACUCCGGAGGUGCGAUGCCCCGCUCUCCUCACUCCUGGGCAGGGAUCCAUGUCCUGCAGACACCAUUUGGGAAACUUUGGUUUGAAUACCACUUGUCACUUUGGGUGCCACGCCGGCUUCACCCUUCUGGGAGACAAGAUUCUCAGAUGCAGACCUUCAGGACGGUGGACAGCGGUGACUCCAGAAUGCAGAGCUGUCAAGUGCUCCGAGCUGCACAGCGAACAGCCAGUGCUGAUGAACUGCUCCAACCCCUGGGGAAAUUUCAGCUUUGGGUCCACCUGCACCUUCCACUGUCCAGAGGGACAGCUACUGAAUGACUCAGCAGAAACAACAUGCCGAGAGAGUGGGCACUGGUCAGCACCCAUGCCAGCCUGCCAGGCAGGGCCACUGACUAUCCAGCAAGCCUUGGCUUACUUUGGUGGGGCAGUGGCUUCCACCACAGGACUGGCUGUGGUUGGGACGCUCCUGGCUCUGCUAAGAAGGCGUUGCAGACAGAAAGAUGAUGGGAAGUGCCCCUUGAACCCUCACAGUCACCUAGGAACAUACGGAGUUUUCACAAAUGCUGCAUUUGAUCCGACCCCUUAAGAGAUCUGUCCUUCUGGUCAUUUCCUUGAACCUCCACAGGAUCCUGAUUGUGAACAUCAAGCUCCCUACAGAAAGACUUCACCUGCCGUGCAUUCGCUGUGGUUUUUUG